AUGCCGAUGUUGAUGGAUUCAUCUGGUGAUGCACCGAAGGCAUAUCUGGGACUGAGAAUUGUUGUGAAAGCAUGCCAGACUCUGGUUUCUACACUUGCAGAAGAGUUCCUAGUGGCUACUAAUGGGAUCAUUGCAGUGAAUGAACCAUCAAAAGAAGAAGAAUACCUUAGUCAAUUUCCACUGAGUUUUGGAGGUAUUGCUCCAUUUUUGGCUGAUCUGGACACUACAGAUGGACGUGGGAAGGUCUUUUAUAGAGAAGAUUCGUCCCCGGAUGUCUUACAGCUUGCUGCAGACUAUAUUCAACAAGGUUUCCCCAACGCCACUUUUGAUCUAAGAAGUGUUGUCAUUGUUACCUGGAAGUUUGUGGCUCCUUACCAUGUGCCUGGAGAAGACCCUACUCUGGAAGACAAGAGAAACACAUUCCAGGCUGUUUUAGCCUCCUCUGAUGCCAGUUCCUAUGCUGUUUUCCUUUAUCCAGAAGAUGGUUUGCAGUUCUAUAGUGCGCACUCCAAGAAUGCUGAAGAAAAGAUACCUGCUACAGUUGGCUUCAGUCAGGCCUCCACAAACUACUUCUUGUGGAUAAAACCAGGAUCCUACAAUAUAGUUGCUAAUGAUGAAGAGUCCAUCAGAAACCUGCAUGAGAGCAGCAAUUCUGGAAGGAGAGGAAUCUGGGUGUUUGAGAUUGGUAGCUUAUCUAAUAGUAUUGUGCCUGCCAAAAUCAGCAGCAGUCCUGAAUUUCAUGAUGAGGAACAGUAUCAGGAAGUGACCUUAAAACCAGCUGUACGGCAUCAUGACUCAAUGGAAAUGAGCCAUCAACAGGUAUCAUAUGAUGUUCCCAGCAGGAGAGGGGAUCAACAACAUAUUACACAUAGAGCUCCACAGUCAGCUUCAGAAGAUGAUUUGCAACCACAACAUAAAGUUGUAAUGCCAGAGACCCCUCUGAGAGAGUCCUCUUUCAAUCAACAGCCAGAAUUUGUCACUGGGAAAACUCCACCUCAGUUUCCAGUCCAGCAGUUCCCUCAGCAGUAUCCUCAGGUUAUAGACGUAGAAGAUAUUGAGGAAAGUGAGAUUGUGUUCCGUUACCAUACAGAUGCCCAACAGACCUGUGCCAACAACCGUCAACAGUGUUCCAUUCAUGCUGUUUGCAAAGACUAUCCAAAUGGGUAUUGUUGCAGUUGUGUUGCUGGUUACAAAGGAAAUGGCAGGCAGUGUGUAGCAGAAGGUUCACCUCAGCGAGUAAAUGGGAAAGUGAAAGGGAGAAUCUUUGUAGGAAGUAACCCAGUUCCAGUUGUAUUUGAGAACACUGACCUCCAUUCUUACGUUGUGAUGAACCAUGGAAGAGCAUACACUGCUAUCAGCACUAUUCCGGAGGUGCUGGGGUAUUCUCUGCUUCCUCUUGCUUCUGUUGGUGGUAUCAUAGGGUGGAUGUUUGCUGUGGAGCAGCAAGGAUAUAAAAAUGGAUUCAGUAUUGCAGGUGGUGAGUUUACUCGGCAAGCUGAAGUUACCUUCCUUAGCAGUAAUGAGAAGUUGGUUAUCAAACAAAAGUUCAGUGGAAUUGAUGAACAUGGUCAUCUUACAAUCAGCACUGACAUGGAGGGCAAAAUACCUGAGAUCCCAUUUGGUGCAUCAGUCCACAUAGAACCAUACAAUGAGCUCUAUCACUCUUCUAGUUCUGUGAUCACAUCAUCUUCUACCAGGGAGUACACAGUGACAGAACCAGAACGAGAUGGGAUUUCUCCCUCCUACACUGUAGCCUACCAGUGGCGACAAACCAUCUCAUUCAAAGAAUGCAUUCAUGAUGACUCAUAUCAUGCUGUUUCUGCCACGCAGCAGCUAUCAGUCGACAGCGUCUUUGUCCUGUAUAAUAGGGAUGAACAAAUUCUGCGAUAUGCUAUGAGCAACUCAAUUGGCCCGGUCAGUGAUGGUUCUGCUGAUAUCAGCCGGAAUCCUUGCUACACUGGUACCCAUGGCUGUGACACCAAUGCAGUGUGUCGUCCAGGAACAGGAAAUCAGUUCACCUGUGAAUGCUCUAUAGGCUUCCGUGGAGAUGGACGUGCUUGUUACGAUGUUGAUGAGUGCAGAGAGCAACCCACAGUGUGUGGCGGCAAUGCAGUCUGUAAUAACCAUCCAGGAACUUUCCGAUGUGAGUGUGUUGAUGGCUAUCAGUUUUCACCUGAUGGACGGACUUGUGUAGCUGUCGAACAUGCUAUUGACCAUUGCGUAAUGGGCACACACAACUGUGAUAUUCCUCAGCGUGCCCGAUGUGUGUAUGCGGGUGGCUCUUCUUACAUCUGCGCAUGUCUAGAUGGCUUCUCUGGAGAUGGACACUCCUGUGUAGAUGUAGAUGAAUGUCAACAGAGCCGUUGUCACCCAAAUGCUUUCUGCUACAAUACUCCUGGGUCCUUCAGUUGCCAGUGUAAUGCAGGAUACCGUGGGGAUGGUUUCCAGUGUGUGUUAGGAGAACGAGAAAAGACUAAAUGUCAGCGUGAACAAGAAGAUGCUUUGGCCAGUGGAAGCUCUUCCUACCAGCAAGUGCCCAGACCCAUUGGUCAGUUUGUUCCUCAGUGUGAUGAUCAUGGGAAUUAUCAGCCAACUCAAUGCCAUUCUAGCUCUGGCUAUUGUUGGUGUGUGGAUAGGAAUGGUAAUGAGAUUGAUGGAACCAGAACUGGGCCAGGAAUCCAACCCCCAUGUCUGAGUACAGCUGCUCCUCCUGUUGUGAUUGGGCCCUCAGUUCGACCAGAUUCAAUUCCUCUGCCCCCAGGAACACACUUGCUGUUUGCCCAAAGUGGGAAGAUCGAACAUGUCCCCCUGGUGGAAAAUAGUAUGAAGAAAACUGAUGCAAAAGCUUUACUGCAUGUUCCAGACAGAGUUGUUAUUGGAGUGGCAUAUGACUGCGUGGAAAAGAUGGUUUACUGGACGGAGAUCAGUGGCCCUUCCAUCAGUAGAGCCAGUUUGCAUGGUGGGGAGCCUACAACCAUCAUCAGCACAGACUUGGGAAGUCCUGAAGGAAUAGCAAUAGAUCACCUCGGUCGCAACGUUUUCUGGACUGACUCUCACCUUGAUAGAAUAGAAGUGGCCAGACUGGAUGGUACCCAGCGCCUAGUGCUGUUUAACAGUGAUCUGGUGAACCCAAGAGCCAUAGUAACAGAUUCUGUGAGAGGAAAUCUUUACUGGACUGACUGGAAUAGGGAUGCUCCUAAAAUUGAAACUUCAUACAUGGAUGGCACAAACAGAAAGAUUCUUGUUAAAGAUGAUCUCGGAUUACCAAAUGGGUUGACAUUUGAUACUUACUCCUCAAUGCUGUGCUGGGUUGAUGCAGGCACCAAGAGGGUGGAAUGUAUGAACCCCAGUCAGCUUGGUCGACGAAAGGUCCUUGAAGGAGUUCAGUAUCCUUUUAGUAUUACAAGCUAUGGGAAGAAUUUAUAUUAUACAGACUGGAGGAGGGAUGCUGUUGUAGCUGUGGAUCGCACAAUUUCAAAAGAAAACGAUAACUUCCAGCCUUACAAACGUUCCCGUCUUUAUGGAAUAACCACAGCUUUUGCUCAGUGCCCACAAGGGCAUAACUAUUGCACGGUGAAUAAUGGAGGCUGUACUCAUUUAUGCCUGGCCACCCCACAAAGCCGCUCUUGCCGCUGUCCUGACAACACGGUUGGAGUGGAUUGUAUAGAAAGAAACUGAGCGCUAAACCAGGAAAUGUGUGAGAACAGAGUCUCCCUUUGGAAAAGUACUGUAAAUAGUUCACAGCUCUUGGCAUAAAAUGAAGACAGUAAAGAUAAGCUCCAUGCUGCUUACAGGGGGCAAGCCACCACACACACACACCCACCCACCCUCCCACCCCAUAGCAUGGUGGCAUUCAGGUAAGUCUGUGCUGCCCAGAGAGAUCCCACUCCAUGCAGCAUCACGUUCUUGCUUUUAAAGAGGAGCAUGGGGGCUCAUUUGCUCAUGUGCUGGGCUCUGAACUUCCCUUUGAAAUUAUUGUGCAUAGUGUUUUAUGGGGUGUCUUGAAUCCCGAUGUGCAUGAGAGAUUGGAAUUUUCAGCACCGCUGAUUCCUGUGCAUUGGUGCACACAGUGAUUUAAGCCACAGAAUGGAAUGCUGUAGCCCAGCAUAAGCGCACUGGGUUGCAAAUUCACCUUAAAGUUAGGCAGUAAGUCUGGGCUUCAAAGAGUGGUCAGUGAGGGGGUAAGAACAUUAAUUGGCAACAUUAAGUUUAUACCUUAAAGCUCCUCUCUCAAGCCUUUGCUUUAUGGCUGUUAAUAAUGUUACAGGAAGUUAACCAGUAUGCUUUAGUACUGGUAUAGCUCCUGUACUAGUUGAUAGUGCCUUCUUAUACUGUGUGCAAUUAUCUUAAUGCCAGCACAACUUUAGUGGGUAUUGUGAAAUUUUCCCUGGAUUUUCCCAUAAGAGAUUUAUUUUUUUGUGGUGCUAGUAGACAGGUAAUCAAUAGCUUUUAGAUAUCUCUAAAAGUUGGGACUUGGGAUAUAGAUCCCAAUUUCAGUUACUCAGUAAAGAAUGUUGAUUGAUUGGUGAUACUUUCAAAGGGAUGCUAUGAAGGAUUCUUUAAACAGUGUUUCAAUUUCCUAUUUUUGUGGUGUUAUUUUUUUAAGUUUAAAAAUGACAUUUCAAUUUUGCCCUACCAAUUUUUUUCCCCUUUUGACAAUCCUGGAUAUUUUGUUUUCUUGCACACCAUAAAUAACCAUGACAGUUGAGUAUUUGUUAGACAAUACUUUUGAUAAUAUCACAGGGCUUUAAAAAUUUUUUUUUAAAAAGCGCCCUGUUCAUGUGUUUGUUUACAGCAAGGGCAAAACAUCUAUGCUGGAAAUCAAUGUGAAGAUGGAGCAUGACUCCCCUGACAGCAAUGCAUGCAGAGCAGUUGGGAAAAUCCAGCACAGAUUUCACAACAAAUUACACAUUCUAAUAAUAAAACACUUUAAAAAAGCCCCGCUACCACCGACCAUUUCUGGGAACAGGAUUUAACUUUUGCUCCUGUUGCUACUGGCAGGGUAGCUUAUUUGCAA